CCUUCACUCCCUUCUCCAAGUGUUCAAGCUCACCUCAGUUGAUUCUAGCUUAGCAACACACAAGCACACAGCUAGCUAGCUCAGCUCUCUGUGCUUCUCUAGCUAAGCUAAUCGUUUUCAGGCGAAGGAAGCACACACAUCUCCAUUUGUGCAUCAGAUCACCGGCCAGGUCGUCGGCGAGAAUGCAGUACGGAGCGGCGGCCGAGCAGGCGUGGUACAUGCCGGCGGCGGCGCCGGCACCGAUGGUGGAGAGCGCGGUGGCGCGGGUGGAGCGGCUGGCGUCGGAGAGCGCGGUGGUGGUGUUCAGCGUGAGCAGCUGCUGCAUGUGCCACGCCGUGAAGCGCCUCUUCUGCGGCAUGGGGGUGCACCCGACGGUGCACGAGCUGGACCUCGACCCGCGCGGCCGCGAGCUGGAGCGCGCCCUGGCGCGCCUCGUCGGGUACGGCGGCCCCGCCGCCGCGUCGCCGCCCGUCGUCCCCGUCGUCUUCAUCGGCGGCAAGCUCGUCGGCGCCAUGGACCGCGUCAUGGCCGCGCACAUCAACGGCUCCCUCGUCCCCCUCCUCAAGGAGGCCGGCGCGCUCUGGCUCUAGGCCUCGCCCGCCCGCCAUUGGCGUGCUCUGGCUUAGCCCCCCUAGUAUACCUAGCACGCAAAAAGCUUUACCUGCUGCUGCUGCUGCUGCUGCUAAUGAAGAAGAUGAAGAUGAUGAUGAUGACUAGCAAGUAGUUGAUUGAUUUAGCUGCUGCUAAUAGGAUAUCCAUCGAUCGAGAUACAGCCCAUUUACACGGUGCUAGCUAAUUAAUCAGUGUGUGAGUGAGUGUGUGUUUGAGAGUGAGUGAGCUAGAGCUAGAAGAAGAGAGAUCGAGGUUGGUGUGUGUGUGCUUUUUUCUUCACGACGACUGCCUCUGUCCGUCUCGUGCAUGCUUCGCGCGCGCGCGCGCGCAUGUGGUUGUUUGUUGGCGCGUGCGCUGGAUUUGCUUGCUUUGAUGCUGCAUGCUAUUGCUAGCUACUGAAAUUACUACUACCAGUGUUUUAUUUAUUUCAUCUCCCCUUAAUUAA